AUGGAUUGGAAUAUUCCUGCUGAAGAUUGUUUUUUGGCUGUUUGUGAUCAAUGCAAUGAUAGAUCUCCAUCAUUAAUUCUUAAGGGUCAGUUCAAUACGAUUGAUGAAGAUGAUAAAUGGUCAUGGUCACCAUGGAAGACAACUAAUAAAAAGGUUGAUUUUAAUCAAAUUUGUGGAACAAUUACAUCAUUACUCAACGAAAUUGAUGAAAAGUGGACAAUAUUCUUAUUACAUAGUUAUUCCAAUCGAGAACAGCGUACUUACAUCAAUGAUCUUCGACUGAGAUCUAGCAAUUCAUCUGAUGGUGCACCAGCCCAUUUUAAAAAUCAUCUGAGUAUGAUAAAUUUAAUGCAUCAUAAGGAUGAUUUUAAUAUAGAAGCAUGUUGGACCUUUUCUGCCACUGGACACGGCAAGGGACCUUGUGAUGGCAUUGGGGCUACAGUUAAGUCGAGCGCCAGUCGAUCAAUACUUAUGUCUGGUACAAUAAUUUCAACUGUGGACGACUUCUAUUAUUUCACAAAAAAGUUUAACGAUGACGCUGCACAAGUAAACAACACAAAUGAACCACCUGUUCAUGUUUACUUGUUGAAGCGUGAUGUUGUGAAAUGUGCCAUAAAAGAUGUACUUACGCAUCGAUGGAAACAACUAAACGGUAAAAAUUCACAUUAUUUUUCACAGCAAAUAACAUGA